AUGAAGUUAACAGACGGUGAUCGAGACAAAAUUUUGAAGAAUAUUGCUGAAUAUUACUACGAUAGUGCUAACAUUGAAGCGUAUGUUUAUUUACAUUUUUUCUUUGAAGUUUAGGUUAGUUUUAUGGAUGAACAUUUUUCUGAUCAUAACUUUCUUCAGAUCAUAGAUGGAGGUCUGGAAUUUUGUGUGAUUUUAGAUUAUUUAUUUAGGCAACUAAUGAAAUAAAAUUUUUGUAUUAGCGAGUUAAUUAAAACGCUAAAAAUGCGCUUUUUCUUUCAUGUUUGCGAGUUUUUAAGACUUUUGUAGGUUUUGGUUGAAGGUCUGUAAAUACAAAAAAGCAUUGAGUUUAAAAACGCAUUUGGUCUUGUCAAUUGUGUAUUAAAAUAAGUUACAAUCACAUAAAUUUUCGGGCUUCUGUUUACGUAUUGAACAACGUUAUGAUCAAAAAUAUCUUAGGUAUUCUUCAUUUUUUGUCGAAUUUUGAGUGUUUUGUUGAAAAAUGAGUACAAAUGCCAUUUUUCUGCCGAUGUUCUGCUGAAAAUGGUAUUGAAUAGUUAUAGUAGGAUAUUAAGCUUUAUUUUAUGUUCAUUUUAUACCUAAUUUCAGAUUUUUACUGCGCAUUUUUGAGCCGAUAAUAGAGCAACGAACAGGAGCAUCCGUGACACUCCUCGGCCCUCCUGGAUGUGGAAAACGAACGGUGAUCCGACAAUUUGUGGCUUCAAAAUCUACAAGCAAAAAGAAGGUGCAUCUGAUCGAACACAAUGCCAGUUUGGACGAUUUGAUUUCGACUAAAGAACGAUUGAGACAGCUGGACGAAAUUCUGGAUGGAGAUAAGUCGGCGACUGUUUGUUAUGUUAUCUACAAUUUCGAGCAUUUUAAAGGAACUUUUGGUAACAAUGUUUUGUAUACGUUGGCCCAGAAGGUGCGAUGUUCACCUUUGUUGUUGAUAUUGGUUGGGGAGAGUCAGGUAGGUAUAAUAGUUUGGUUUGAUUUUUUGGUUUUUAGGUAACAAUUUCAAGUUUUUUCAGUUUUGUACGUUUCUAAGUCCAUAACGUGAUAAAAUUAGAUUUAAAAAUAAAUUUUUGACGUUUUCAGAAAGGUUUGACGAUAUUCGAGAAACGUAUUGCAUCCAGGUUGUCAGGUAACACACUGAGGAUUAUUCCAGACAAAGCGCCGGAAAAAUGCUGGGAAUUUUUGCAAAAUGUGAUGGAAACUGCUACUAAAGGGGCUCCUAAAACUGUCCAGAAUGCUUUGAAGGUUAGUGUUUAUCUUUUUUGUUGUGUUUUUCGGUAUAAUAUGAAGUAUUGCACAGGCUUAUAAGGCUUAAGGUGAUUAGACUUAGGCUUAGUAAACCUAGGCUUAAUAGGCUUAAAUUUGAAAAUUUUAGAUAAAUUUCGAAAUGCCAGUGAACUUUUAUCAAAUUUGUCGAGGAAACCCGGUCUACGGUAACCUGAAGUUGAUAGCAAAGGAGCUGGUCGAUAUCUUCUUUGAUGAGAAGGGAGAGUUGUCUGUUGAGGAGAUACUAACACAAGUAAUCAAAGAACGAGUUGGUACUGACAUUUACGAUGAACUUUUGGACAGUAAGUUGGCAUUUUGGUGCUUGUAAAGAAAGUUUUUGCUGUGUUUUGUUUUGUAAAGAAACUUCUUGCCACUUGUUUUGUAAAGAAACUUCUUGCCAUUUUCAGUGAUAACCGACCGCCAGUUCGGCCUUUUGAUGUGUGCGGCCAUCAAAACAGAACGAGUUCACCUCUUCUUCCCCUGCCGAUACCUAUAUAGCGAAUACAAACGCUUCAUCAACCUGACUGGCAUUCCGCACCGAAGCAACUUGUACAUGGACGAACAUAGCUUCGAAGCCGACGUUCGCGACUUGGUCUACAAGAAAUUCUUUGGAGCCAAGUAUCAGGGCUCCAGGAUAAUGUGUGUUUUUGAAAAUAUGAUUUUUUUUUUAAUUUGAAAAAAAUUAAAGUCGUAUUUUGCUGUGAUGCUUGUGUUCAUAAUGUUAAGCACUUUGUUUUUUAUUGUGUAUUUUACCUUUCUUUAUUACCUAAAUUUCAGAAUGUUAUGCUGGAACCUGAACCCCCUACAACUGAUUGAACCGGCUGUCCGAGAGAAAUUCGUCUCCAAAAUCAGUCAUUUUGUGGACGAAAGAGGCCAAAACAACUUUAUGAAUCUGCGAGUUUGA